AUGGAGUUCGGUCUGAUCAUAGGGCCUGGUGCCUGUGGAGGCAUCAUCACAGAUCAAUCAGGAAGGAUCAUAAAUUCGGUCAGUCCCAAAAUUUCUUGUGUCUGGACCAUCAUGAUGAAGCCAAGAGAGAGAGUCCACUUGACAUUUCCAGCCGUCAAUGGGAAAGUUUGUCCAGGAUUCUCUCCAGUCUACUGACCAUCUUCCAACAUCAUGACCGUCCAGUAUCCUACAGAUUCCAGCAAGCCGCCCAAUUUCUUUGAUGCAUAUUACUAUGGUGAUCUAGAAGAAACGCCGGUUGCCAGUCUGCACUCUUUGAUGCCCACUACUAGAUUCCCAAGAUGUAAUCGAAUCACCAAGGAUAAGAGGCAACUUUUCAGCAGCCAUUCGCAUACCUGGGAGGAGAAAAGGAUGGGACAGACUGCCUCAACACCAAUGGCAAACAAGCAUCGCAAAGCAGAGCAAACUUCUGGAAUCUGCUGACCACAAGGAGAGACAUUCCUCAUCAGCUGAUCACAGCUGCUCAACCUGUGCCUACCCUCCAUCCUUCGGAGCCUUCUGCCCUCCUCCCUGUAAGGGAAAAUUCCUUUCUCCUGACCUGUGAGAUCCUUGC